AGCUUCAAGAGCGGCUCGGCCCUCGUCAGGCACUGGAGGACGCACCUGGGCGAGCGGCCCUACAAGUGCACCAUCUGCGGGAAGAGCUUCAGGCAGAGGUUGGACCUGACAAAGCACCAAAGGCUGCACACCAGCGAGCGGCCCUACAAGUGCCCUGACUGCGGAAACAGCUUCAGGCGGAGCUCAGACCUCCUCGUCAUCCACCAGCGCCCCCACACCGGCGAGCGGCCCUACCAGUGCUCCCAGUGCGGAAAGAGCUUCAGCCAGAGCUCGCACCUUGUCAUCCACGAGCGCAUCCACACCGGCGAGCGGCCCUACAAGUGCUCCCAGUGCAAGAAGAGCUUCAGGCAGAACUCAGCCCUCAUCGUCCACCAGCGCAUCCACACCGGCGAGCGGCCCUACAAGUGCCCUGACUGCGAGAAGAGCUUCAGGCGGAGCUCAGGCCUCGUCGUCCACCGGCUCAUCCACACUGGGGAGAAGCCCCACCAGUGCCCCCACUGCGGGGUGAGCUUCUGUGAGAGGUCGUCCCUCAUCAUCCACCUGCGCACCCACACCGGGGAGACCCCCUACCAGUGCUCUUACUGCGGGAAGAGCUUCAAGCAGAGCUCGCGUCUCNNNNGCCACCAGCGUCCCCACACCGGGGAGAAGCCCUACCAGUGCCUCCACUGUGGGAAGAGCUUCAAGCAGAGCUCGUCCCUCAUCAUCCACCAGGUCAUCCACACCAGCGAGAAGCCCUACAAGUGCGGCAACUGCGGGAAGAGCUUCAAGCAGCGCUCAGCCCUGAUACGCCACCAGCGCACCAACACCGGGGAGAAGCCCUACCAGUGCCCCCACUGCGAGAUGACCUUCAGGCAGACCUCAUCCCUGAACUCCCACCUGCGCACCCACACCGCGCAGACCCCCUACCA